CCCUGCUGCUGGAUGUUGCUAGAAUUUGCCUUUUAGAGGGCAAGAGGGUUCAAUCUGAUUCAUUGAGAUGUUCUGCAGGAGGAUUACAUUAUUACGGCUGUGAAUGGGUUUUAAUCUGAGCAGAUAGAGGCAGCUGUGGUGAGGACUUGAAAGAAUACAUAAGUACAUUGAACCUCCUCAGGAGAAAUAUUCUGCUUAGGUAAAUAGACCAGAAACCAGCACAGGACAGUCAUGUCCGACAAGGUUUCGGCAACAAUCAAGUUAAACAACUUGGCCCCUCCAAGCUAUGAGGAGGCCACUGCAGCUGGAAGCCCCAGUCACAGUGGCAGUUAUCCUGGUGAUGGAGACACGCUAACAGAGUUCUGCUGGGACGACCAGAACAUCAGGCGGAUUUUCAUUCGAAAGGUGUAUGCCAUCCUUUCACUGCAGCUCUCCAGCAUUCUUGCCAUCGUCACUCUCUUCACUUUGUGUGAUCCAGUAAAGGAGUAUGUUCAGUCCAACCCUGGCUGGUAUUGGGCAGCCUAUGUGCUGUUCAUAGUAACAUACAUGACGCUCUACAUCUUCUCUAGACCGAGACGCACGUUUCCAUGGAACGUGAUUCUGCUGGCGAUCUUUACUCUGGCUCUUGCUUUUAUGACCGGACUCAUGUCCAGAACUAUGACUGUGGCCUGCUUGUUGGAUUUUGUGUUCAGUUACUUCAAAACCAUGUCUGUAAUGAUCUGUUUGGGUAUUACAGCUUUUAUCUGUCUUUCCAUCACAAUCUUCAGCUUCCAGACCAAGAUUGACCUGACCUCAGUCUGGGGCAUGUUGUGUAUCUCCUGUACUGCUUUGUCUUUCUGGGGACUCCUAUUGGCAAUACUCCUGCUUCCUGGACGAGUUCCUUGGAUGCAAGUUGUGUUUGCCGGGUUGGGAGCAAUACUGUUUUGCAUGUUUCUGGCUUUCGACACACAGCGAAUGAUGGGGAAAAAGCGUUACACCAUAAGCCCAGAAGAGUACAUCUUUGCAGCUCUCAACAUCUAUCUGGACAUAGCACACAUCUUCACCUUUAUCCUUCUGUGUAGAAGGCAGGACAGUGCUUGACCAUAAGCUUUCUGCCAACUCUUCACAUGAGCUGCAGCCUUCAUCUUUCUAUCUCCAGUCCUCACCAGUCUGAGCAAUUCUGUCCUCUACAGCAUGGCCCAGCUUGUCUUGUGUGUCCUGCACCAAGCCUUUCUUCUGCUCUGCUGUGCCACAUCUGUAUUCAAGAGCAACUAGGAUUGCAUCUUGGAAAGAUGCAACAGUUUAUUGUUGUUUUAAAUAAAAGACACAAUGUGGCGCAGUACACAGUGCUGCUUUAAUAAUGGCUAUGAAACGGAAGCACUCUUCUGAUGUAUGAUGUUAGCAGUGAAACUGAGCAUCUGAGUGCUUGACACUUUAUAUUUCUCUGUCUAAUAUAUCAACAGAAAAGCAAAAAGCUCCACUAGGGGAAAUUCAUCACUGGCAUGUUUUAAAACUGAAUUCUCUGCCCAGUUCUCAUGUUUGAUCUUGCAUCUUGUGUGCAUGUUGACAUGACAUGUGAAGAAACUAUAGAAACUCUGUUCAGAGGUCUAGCAUCAUCUUAGGACAGCUCUAUGCACUUGGAGGAGAACACUGACCUCCAAUUCUGUUAUGUUAAGUAGACUCUCUCUGCAACAAAAAUAGCUCAUGCUGUCAUAAAGCUUGGACUUGCAUGCGCAGAAGUUUGCAUGCACACAGUGUACAUACUACUAAACUUGCAUAAAAGGUUGAUGUUUGCUUGUGUAGCAGUGUGGCCAAACAUGCUGCGUUUAGGCUGGAACAGAAGACGUUAUCCUGUGAAAAGAAUUUAGCUAGCUGACAUGGAAAAGACCUCAGGUACUGUUUACAUUCUGAAUAGUGACUAGUGAAUAGUGAAUCAAUUUUUUGUUUUGAGAAUUGAUGUAACUUUACUUUGACAUUCAUCUAUCCAGCUGGGCUAUACAACAAAUCAUGGGCGCUGCUAGUCCAGUUUUAGGGGGGCUUUAGUCCAGUUUUAGGCACUGCUGCUGCUGUAAUGCAGCACUGCCUCUGCUGUACUAUUAGAUAUUUAUUAAUGUAAUGUGAAAAGUGGGACCCCUGGCUCGGCCAAUCCUAUCAGAGAUUGUAAGUGUUUAGGCAGUCAUAUCAGACCUGGGGGGAGGGUCUCUGAUUUAACUCACUCUGCAGAUUAACAUUGGUCAGCAACCGCAGAAGCUGAAGGUGGGAUUUGGGCUAAAAGUUCACUAAAAUAAACAGGUAAGAAAUAAAGUGUACAACGUGAAACAGUAAGAAGCUACUGAGAAUAUAUUUGUCACUGUGAUCAGGAAAUUCUGUCACCUAGCUUAUUAAAUCACACUCUUUCUGAUUGCACCAACUGA